AUGAAUGGAAACAAUGGAGGACCAGUUCCGAUUGGGGAAGAAUGUAAGGCGACUUUAGUUUACAUGUCCGGUUAUCUCCCAGGAGCCGCACCAGAGAAAUCCCCAAUUCUCUCUCCUGUUUUCGUCAGGUUACCGGCGGAGAUUCAUGGAAAGACGUUUGUGGCCGAGGUUGUGGAUUCGUUAUGGCGAUUUCAGAAAGGGAAGCUUUUAACUUGGGGUUCUUCCGAUGAUGAAGGGCAAAGCUAUGUGGCUUCUGGAAAGCAUGGGGAAACUCCAGCGCCGUUUCCUCUUUCCAUGAAGGCUCCAGUCGUACAGGCUUCUGCAGGAUGGGCACAUUGUGCCGUUGUAACAGAGGGUGGUGAAGCAUUUACUUGGGGUUGGAAGGAGUGCAUACCAUCAAAGGAUCUUGGUGGAAAGCAGCAGAAAGGCUCAAGUGAGCAAGUGAGUGCACCGUCUCAAGGUUCCAGUGCAACCAGCGGUAUGACGUUACAGAAUGAGAACCGAAAAGUUGGAGAGGAAUCAUUGAAGCGAAAACGGGUUUCAACCGCCAAAGAUGAGUCGGAAAGCCUUGCAUCUGGAGAGGACUUCUUUGCUACAACACCUUCACUUGUGAGUGUUGGCCUUGGAGUGAAGAUCACCAGUGUUGCUACUGGUGGUCGGCAUACUCUGGCAUUGUCAGAUAUAGGACAGGUAUGGGGUUGGGGAUAUGGAGGCGAAGGGCAAUUAGGAAUGGGUUCCCAGAUUAAAAUGGUGUCGUCUCCUCAUCUAAUACCUUGCAUUGAAUCACUUGGAUCUGGAAAAGAAAGAACAUUCAUAUUACAUCAAGGGACAGCAACCACGUCUACUCAAGUUCCAAGAGUUCCUGUUGACUUAACUGGAUUGUGUGGCCACGGAAAUACAAAUGACCAGUUAAGGCCUAUGGCUGUGUCGUCAGUGCAGAAUGUCCGAAUAGAAAGCGUAGCAGCUGGAUUGUGGCAUACUAUUUGCAUCUCUAGUGAUGGUAAAGUGUUUGCCUUUGGUGGAAACCAAUUUGGGCAACUUGGAACUGGCACUGAUCAUGCUGAGACAAUACCGAGGUUGCUGGAUGGCCAGAAUCUGGAGGGCAAACACGUAAAAGCAGUUAGUUGCGGCGCGCGGCAUAGUGCGGUUUUGGCAGAAGAUGGUCAGUUGCUAUCCUGGGGAUGGAACAAAUAUGGACAGCUGGGUCUAGGGGACACGAUCGAUAGGAACAUUCCUACGCAAGUCCAGCUCGAUGGCUGCAAACUGAGGAAAGUGGCAUGUGGAUGGUGGCAUACGUUACUACUAGCCGACUCACCCACUUGA